ACGUCGAACAAAAUCACCAGAACCAGUCACUACUUCCCUUGCGCUGUGGAUUCAUGUGCGUUAUUGUUUAUCUUUGAAUGCAACUGUGUUUAUUGCAAACUGGGAUUGCAAUUAUUUCCUGAUAUAACUGUACUGGCUUCUCAGUAAACCGACUCUGAACACCCAUGCCCGCCUCAGAUUGUUGCCUUCGUCUCUGCAGAUGAUGACCAGCUCUGUCUUUAAAGGAGAGGACAAGACAUCCCCCACAUGGUUCCAUCCUAGAGCUACAAGACCCUAGAAUGAUGACCAGCUCUGUCUUUAAAGGAGAGGACAAGACAUCCCCCACAUGGAACUCCAGCCUAGAGCUACAAGACCCUGAGACAUUAGUUUAACAGAACAUGUUUCUCUGCCCAGAUUGAGACACGGGGUAAUGUUCCCCUAUGUUAUUUCAUCAACCAUUGCUAUAACAUGAUGUGGUUAGUUGAAACUUAAAAUACAUAUCCAGGUGUUGUGAGAUCAGGUCAGGCGUCAGCAACUUCUGAGCAGAGGAACGCUUCUUACAUCAACUCAAAAUAGAGGGAGGAGAUUCACUGCAUAGCUAUAACCUGAAUCAUCUCAAAAUGGCUGCUAUCGUGAGACUCCACAGACUAACGAAGGAUCAACUGUCUCUCGCUGCUCAGAAGAACAAUAACAAACCAGGCAGAAAACCAACGAAGAAGAAAAGCUCCACCACCACCACCAGAGGAAGGAAACAAUCCACAGGAAAAGGAAACAACUCUGCUGACAGUAAAAGUGUUUCUAGCCAGGUAUCAUCGGCCCCUAAGUGGUGGGGUCGCCCCAAGGGAAGCAAAAACAAACCCAAGAUAAGUCUACAACUCUCCAGCGCCAUCUUGAGGCCUGACGAGGUAAAACAAGAGGUGAAACAAGAGAUGGACGAGCUGCCUAUCGGGACAAGAAGUGAUGAACACUGGUUGAACUCUGUGAAGACAGAGAGCUACGACCCAGAGAUGGGUAACACCAGGGGACCUACAGAGAGCGACCCCAGGACAGAUGCACAUCAACUGGGUAUCAAGACAGAGGAUGCUCCCCUGUACCACCAGGAUGGAGGGAGGCGGCUGCGGUCGGCUACCGUUCAGCUGUUCAAUCUGGCUGCGUUGCGGUCUGAGCCGGAAUGGUGGCCUCGCAACCAGAAGGUCCGCCGGUUCACGUGUCCAGACUGCGGCCAGAAGUUCUUCUCCAAAACCACGCUGGGGUUACACUCCCGGAUCCACACCCAGUACCAGCCGUACUCCUGUGAGGUGUGCCAUAAAACCUUCUCCCGGAAAGGCGGUCUGGUCGAGCACCGACCAAUCCAUGAGGUGGAACGCCCCUUCGCCUGCCUCCAGUGCGGCAGAACCUUCAAGUUCAAAUCCAACCUGACCCGGCACAUGCGGUUCCACAGCGACGCGCGGCCCUACGUCUGCUCCCAGUGCGGCCAAGGCUUCAAGAUCUCCGCCCAACUCAAGAGCCACAUGAUUUCCCACAGCGGGUAUAAACCGUACGUGUGCCCGGAGUGUGGCCAGAGUUUCGUCCGUUACAUGAGUCUCAAGUAUCACCGGCUGAGCCACACCGGCGAGCGCCCGCUGUCCUGCCCGGAGUGUCCCAUGACCUUUGCCCGGCCACACACCCUUAUGAUCCACCGGCGACAGCACACCGGGGAGACGCCGUUCUCUUGCCAGGACUGUGGGAAGAGGUUCAAACAGGGGUGCCAACUGAAAGACCACGUUAGAAGGAAACACACAGGGGAGAAACCAUACGAAUGCUCAGAGUGUGACAAGUGCUUCGUCACUUCGGCGUCUCGUAAAGUGCACAUGGUUGUCCACACAGGAGAGAAGCCGUACAAAUGCACAGAGUGCUGUAGGAGCUACAGUCAGAGUGGGGGCCUGAAGAGGCACAGGUGUGAGCAGCAAACCAGAUGAUCACCAGCUCUGUCUUUAAAGGAGAGGACAAUACAAGACAUUCCCCACAGGGUUCCAUCCUAGAGCUACAAGACCCUAGAAUGAUGACCAGCUCUGUCUUUAAAGGAGAGGACAAGACAUCCCCCACAGGGUUCCAUCCUAGAGCUACAAGACCCUAGAAUGAUGACCAGCUCUCUCUUUAAAGGAGAGGACAAGACAUUCCCCACAUGGUCCCAGCCUAGAGCUACAAGACCCUAGAAUGAUGACCAGCUCUCUCUUUAAAGGAGAGGACAAGACAUCCCCCACAUGGUUUCAGCCUAGAGCUACAAGAGCCUGAGACAUUAGUUUAACAGAACAAGUUUCUCUGCCCAGAUUGAGACUAGGGGUAAUGU